GGUGGGAGCAAUGUGGUUUGUUUUGGCAGCAGACCAAUUAGCCCAGCACCAAAAUGGGUUCCGAUUGAUCGUUCCUGCUGUCGAUUGUUCUGGCUAGCUAGAAGCCGUAGUGGCACUUCUUUAGAAACACAGAUUCGAAUUUUCUUUUUGAUUUGCUUUGAUGGCGUUGUGCGUGGAGACGAGACCUCGAGCUAGCUACUGUACCGGUGGUACUGGCUACUAGCUACCGGUAGCCAGCUAGACCUCGAGCUAGCUAUUGUACCGGUGGUACCAGGUACUGGCUAGCUCGCUAGAAGGCUCGUAAUUUGGAUGGACAGACUCCACCAAAUCGCUAACCUUACUGCACAAUCAUUCUUUUUUGCCAGAUUUUUCUUGACCACAACGGGGGAUCUUUGGACGUGCGUUCAAUUUGGCUCCUCCAUACCGGAGCCCUCGACACCGUGAGAGGCAAAUGACAAGUCGUACAAAUCAAACUUUGCCAGUUCCUUUCCUCUUGUCCUUUCUUCCAGACUCUCUACCGGUAUCUUCUUUGCCAGAUCCUUCCACUCUGGUGUCAUGCCACUCCCACAGAGACACAGAUGAGCCUCACAACAUCCAUCCCUGAGGUUGGAUCAAGAAUUCAAUCAAUCGAUCAGACAUGAUGAUGCGCCAACGCAGUGCUGCUGUCGAGAUGAAGUCAGAUGUAGAUCUUACCUCUCUUCCGGACGGGGCGCAGCAUAGUAGACACAACCCAAGAUCCAGGCGAUUUUUGGAAUCUUCUCCCACUUCAAUUCUCACUGCUGCCCUGCUCCUUACCGGAAUGUUGGUUUUAGUCCUCUCUCCACCUACCACUAUUUCCGCCUUGCGCAAGCUCUCGGCAGCUCCAUCAUACUACUUGACGGAAGAUGAUGGCCCUCCCCCGGAUCUGGUGGUUCAUGGCAAGCGGGACUAUUACACUCCAUGUCCUCCUGAAUUUCGAAAGCGUGCUUGGGUUGGUUUUGAGAAAGAUACCAAUGUGAUUCGUGCCUUUCGAUCACAAGGGUGGUAUGCUCAAAGCAAAACUGAUGUCAGUUGGGACGACAAGAAAGCCAUUGCCACCUACAGGGUCUUGUACAUGCGGAAAUCAAGGCAUAAGAAAGACUUUUCUGUAGGUCUGCCAUGGCAACGACUCAGUCGUGUUCCGAGCGGUGCUGUCUUGGAGCCCAAGGAUUCCUUUUUCAAACGACUGAAUACUUUGCAAGAACAGUAUGAUGCCACGCAUGAUGACGGCCGAAAUCUCAUUUACUUUCUUCCAGAAACCUAUCAAUUGGAACAAAAAAACGAUCGUCACAAGUUUGUUUCAAGAAUUAUGGAGGAAAAGAAAAUGGGACGCAAUCGACCAUGGGUAUUGAAAAAGGCCAAAAUCAACAAUGGCCGUGGAAUUGAAAUGCUACCGCCCGACUCCCCAGCCCUCUACAGUGCCGCAGCGAGAGCCAAGGAAGAUGACGACAACAACUACAUUGUGCAAUCCUAUGUUUGCAAUGAACUGACAUGGUUCAAUGGCAAAAAGUUUGAUCUGAGGUUCUUUUGGCUCGUUGCCAGUAUUGACCCCUUGAUUGUCCUCUACCAUGAUGGAUAUGCCCGUGUUGCAGCGGCCAAGUACAAUGAAUCCGACUGGGGGUCUACAGGGCAGCAUCUGACCAACCAUGAGUACCGAACGGAAAUGGGAGUGCCCACUGAUGAGGAUGUCAUGUGGGAUGCACUCUGGCGAAGAGUGAGAGAACAUUAUAAUGCUGACUAUGCCCGACUGUCGAAACUGAUUGUGGGUGAUGACCCUGUCAGGCAUGUGCGCAAUCAGAUCAAAGAGGCAAUUAGUGCAAUAGUGGAAGCAUUCAAAGACUCACUGACAGAGAAGAAAAAGGACACCCCAGUAACCACAGAGAACCUUUUUGCAUUCUAUGGGUCAGAUUUUAUCAUUGACGCUGACUUGGAUGUUUACUGUCUCGAGGCUCAAACAGUUCCAGGACUGGGGCAGGGUACUGAUUUCCGAAUUGACGUGUUUCGAAAGCUUUUUCGUCCUGUGGUCAACAUUGUCGAAGAAAUUGCUGACAAGCAGGAAAAGGAUGCGAAGGCAAACCUGUUGCCCAUCAAGUCACUGGAAGACUAUGAAAUUGUUUAUGCAGAUGGAUGGCGAUAUCAAUUCAAAGGCUACGAACGACAGAAGGACAAGAAGGGAUGCCAGCUGUCUCCCAAGUGA